ACCUCCGGUGGUGGGCAUAAAAUAUCGAGCUGCGACUUGGACAGAGCGGGCAGCCCACGACCAUGUCUCUCACACGCUUCGGAGCUGCCUUGGGUCGUGUAAAAUUCCCGCCGCGCCUGCAAUGGCCGCAGGCACGAGCACUGUCAAGCUCUACAACCCGCUUGAUAAAGGCCGACAAUGAGCUGAACUCAGUCAGUAAGUCUAUUACUCAGCCGAAGUCGCAAGGCGCCUCGCAGGCCAUGCUGUAUGCCACCGGCAUGGACGAGAACGACAUGAACAAAGCCCAGGUGGGCAUCUCGUCCAUCUGGUAUACGGGCAACCCUUGCAAUAUGCACCUGCUAGACUUGAACAACAAGGUCAAGCAGGGUGUGGAGGAGGCGGGGCUGCUCGGUAUGCAAUUCAACACCAUUGGCGUCAGCGACGGCAUUUCCAUGGGCACGAAAGGCAUGCGGUAUUCGCUGCAGUCGCGAGACCUCAUUGCCGACUCGAUUGAGACGGUCAUGGGUGGUCAGUGGUACGAUGCGAAUAUUUCGAUCCCCGGAUGCGACAAGAACAUGCCUGGGGUUAUCAUGGCUAUGGGACGUGUCAACCGCCCUUCUCUCAUGGUCUACGGCGGCACAAUUCAACCAGGUUGCGCCAAAACCCUGGGAAACCAGUCAAUCGACAUUGUGUCCGCGUUCCAGGCCUACGGUCAAUUCAUAACUGGGGAAAUCAACGAAGAAGAGAGGUUCGACAUCAUCAGGCAUGCUUGCAACGGCCAAGGCGCUUGCGGAGGCAUGUACACCGCCAACACCAUGGCCACCGCCCUCGAGGUCAUGGGCAUGACGCUCCCUGGAUCUUCUUCAAACCCCGCCAACUCAAAGGCUAAACAAUUAGAAUGCCGUGCCGCAGGUGGAGCAAUCAGAAACCUCCUAAAAGAAGAUAUCCGACCAAAAGACAUCCUCACCCGCCAAGCCUUUGAGAACGCCAUGGUUGUCGUCAACAUCACUGGAGGCUCGACAAAUGCCGUCCUCCAUCUCAUCGCCAUUGCAGACUCUGUCGGUAUCGACCUUACCAUCGACGAUUUCCAACGUGUAAGCGACCGGAUACCUUUCUUGGCAGACCUCAAGCCCUCAGGCAAGUACGUCAUGGCAGACAUUUUUAACAUUGGCGGAACCCCAGCUCUAUUGAAGUUCCUCCUCGCAGAAGGCAUCAUUGAUGGAAGUGGUAUAACCGUCACCGGCAAAACCCUAAAGCAAAACCUCGAGCACGCACCAGAUUUCCCCGCGGAUCAAGACAUCAUCCGCCCCUUGAGCAAUCCCAUUAAGCCAACCGGUCACAUCCAAAUUCUGCGAGGCAAUCUCGCGCCCGGCGGUUGCGUCGGCAAAAUCACAGGCAAAGAAGGCCUCCGUUUCAUCGGAAAAGCAAAAGUCUACGAUGCUGAGGACGACUUCAUUUCCGCGCUCGAGCACGGAGAAAUCCAAAAAGGCGAGAAAACCGUCGUCGUAAUCCGUUACGAAGGCCCAAAGGGCGGCCCGGGCAUGCCUGAAAUGCUCAAACCUAGUUCUGCCAUCAUGGGCGCCGGGCUUGGGCAAGACGUCGCGCUGCUAACGGAUGGUCGCUUCAGCGGCGGCAGCCAUGGCUUCUUGAUUGGGCAUAUUGUGCCGGAAGCGCAAGAAGGUGGGCCGCUUGGGCUGGUUCGUGAUGGGGAUGUAAUUACUAUUGAUGCCGAAUCGAGAGAGUUGAAUUUUAAUGUUAGUGAUGAGGAGUUGGCACAGAGGAGAAAGGAAUGGACUGCACCACCGUUGAAGUAUAGUAAGGGGACUCUGUUUAAGUAUGCGAGGUUUGUGAAGGAUGCGAGUCAUGGGUGUGUUACUGAUGCUGUGUAAUCGUUUCUGGUAAGGCAAGUGGACUGACUGUCUUUUUCUUUGCAUGUUUAGCGGUGCGGGGAAAAGUUGGAGUUGGGGUGAUUUUACUUUGAGAGGAGGUUUGAUCUGGAUGGCGGAUUUGGUAGAGCUUUCUUAUUUGUGGUGGGUGGGACCAAGAUUAGCUGUAUGCAGUGCGGAUUUGAGGGAGCUGACUCACGCGAUAUGAGAUUCAGA